ACAAAAAUUAGAAUGGUCGCACAAUUCACAAAUUGAUGGAUCGCAUUGGCAUCUAACAUUAACUGGAGUUCAUCCUCAUUACUCGUCAAUCACCAUCUCUUAGAUUAGCGUUAGCAGUACUGGAUCUGGGAGAAGCUGUAGAGAUCGAAAAUGACGGAAGCAGCGAUUAGGAACAAGCCAGGAAUGGCGAGCGUCAAGGACAUGCCUCUUCUUCAAGAUGGUCCUCCACCUGGUGGUUUUGCUCCCGUCCGUUAUGCCCGUCGAAUCCCCACCAAAGGCCCCAGCGCCAUGGCUAUAUUCUUCACUGCUUUUGGAGCUUUUGCUUGGGGUAUGUACCAGGUUGGCGAGGGUAACAAAAAGCGACGGGCUAUCAAGGAAGAGAAAUAUACUGCUCGUCGAGCUAUACUGCCGUUGAUACAGGCAGAAGAGGAUGAAAGAUUUGUCAAAGAAUGGAAAAAAUACUUGGAAGAUGAAGCCCGAAUUAUGAAGAACGUUCCAGGCUGGAAGGUAGGUGAGAGUGUAUACCACUCUGGACGAUGGGUGCCUCCUGCAACCGGUGAGCUUCGCCCCGAAGUUUGGUGAGCCACACCGCGUAUGUCUUUCCUUUCAGAAAUGUUAUUGACUCCCUUGUCAUAGCAAAAUUUGUUUUCUGCCUCUUAUGGUACUAAUAAGUUGCAACAUUCUCCAAACGAAUUCUUUUGCCAUUCCCUGUGAGUGACUGAUCGACAAUUUGCUGCUGUUAUAAGUAUGAUUCAAGUGUCACUAUGUGUUUGUCACUAUCGUUUUUGUUUUCUUUCUCAUCGGUGUCGCUCUUAAAUUCAAUGUAUGAAUCUCUACUCUCAUAUGCUUUUCUUUUCGUAAGAAAAAGGAAGAUUGUUGAACAA